CUCAUAUCCAUGGCAAAAGGAAGAAGCAACAAUAAAACACUGAAGGCAACAAGAUCUGCCUUCGUCCACUUCAACUUGGCUCGAGUCUCCACCAAUCCGCAGUCAUCUUCAUUUCUAUUGGCUACAGGCACUUUACUUUAACUUAAAAUACCACUUAUAGGGCUAGGCUCCAGCAUUUCUCUUUCACUACUUUGACUGGCAGUCACUGACGUAGCCAUUCCCAGACUUGCCAACCUCAAUGCCGUCGCACUCGUCCGCAACCGAGACCAUCGCCACCGUGGUAGACACGACGCCGAGCUUCGAGCAGCUUCGUGAUGCGCUAUUGGACCUGUCGGAGCCCACGGGCAAGCGCACGCGCGCCAUCUUCUACUUGCGUUCGCGCGGCGGCCUCGAGGAUCUGCAGGUUCUGCUGACGGCACUACUUAACCGCAAGGACUCGGAGCUUAUGCGUCACGAACUGGCCUACGUGAUCGGUCAAUUCCAGAUGGAAGAGGCCUGCGAGACGCUGCAGCAGGUGCUGGCGGACGAGGCGGACGACGGCAUGGUGCGUCACGAGGCAGCGGAGGCUCUGGGUGCCAUCGGCGCGGCCCAGUCACUGCCUGUGCUCGAGAAAUACAGCGCUGAUCCGGCCCCGGAGGUCUCAGACACGUGCAAAUUGGCCGUCACUCUGGUCAAGUACAAACUGGCCAAAGCCAAGGGCGAGAUCGUCGAGGGAGAGGUGGACCGUAACCCGUACCUAUCCGAGGACCCGGCUCCGGCCGCUGGCAAGGACGUGCCUACUGCCGAACUCCGCAAGAUUCUGCUAGAUCCCAAUGGCGACAUGUUCGCUAGAUACCGUGCGAUGUUCUCGCUGCGCAACCGCAAUACGGAGGAGGCGGCGCUCGCUUUGGCUGAGGCUUUUAAUGACCCGAACGCGCUGUUUAAGCACGAAGUGGCCUACGUCAUGGGUCAGAUGGAGAACCCUGUGCUCGUACCGGCACUCAAGAAGGUGCUGCUCGAUGAGACUGAGCACCGCAUGGUGCGUCACGAAGCUGCGGAGGCUCUGGGGGCGAUUGGCAGUACGGAAUGCGAGGAGAUUCUGAAACAAUACCUCAAGGACGACGUCCAGGUCGUGCGUGAGAGCUGCGAAGUGGCCCUGGACAUCAUGGACUACUGGGCACCUACCAAGUAAGCGGUAUUGCUCUCUGAGAGAAUAAUACAAAUAGUUUUUUCUUUUUUU